AUGGCGUCUCCGAGCGGAAACCCUAACCCUAAUCCCAAUCCACCAUUCGAGAUCGGGAAACUCUUCAGGCCACCGAACCCCAUGCCCACCGCCACCCCCAACACCAUCUUCCCCGGCGUCGCCGGAGGCCCGGCGGGCCCGCCGCCGCCGUCUGGUCCCUACUCCUACCCUCCGGUGACCCCACCCUUCCACCGCGGACCCUACAUCCACUACCCGCAGGACCCCCAUGCCAUGCCCCGCCCCGUUGUCUCCUUCCCCAUGCCAAACCCAAACCUGAACCCCAACCCGAACGCUAACCCCAACGCCGCCGCCCCGGGCCCUAACCCCGGCGCGCGCCUCAUGCAGCUGCUCGGGAACUCCGGGCCGACCCAACUCGAGACCGCCGUCUCCAUGCCCCCGCCCACGUCGGAGUUCGCACAACCGCAGCCGCUCCCAGCGAUGCCAUCUGCGCCGCCGGCCAGGAUGCUGAGCAGCACCAACAGCAAGGUGCCCAGGGGACGGUUACUUGGCACCGGGGAACGAGCGGUACACGAUGUUGACUCGAGGCUGCCUGGGGAAGCGCAGCCACCGCAGCUGGAGGUAACACCGAUUACCAAGUACACAUCAGAUCCGGGGCUCGUGCUGGGCAGACAGAUCGCUGUGAACCGGACGUACAUCGUGUAUGGGCUCAAGCUCGGUAACAUCCGUGUGCUGAACAUCAACACCGCACUCCGCUCACUCCUCCGUGGUCACACACAGAGAGUGACAGACAUGGCUUUCUUUGCUGAGGAUGUCCAUCGUUUGGCAAGCGCGAGCGUAGAUGGGCGGAUAUAUGUGUGGAGGAUCGAUGAAGGACCUGAUGAGGAAAAAAAACAACAAAUUACUGGAAAGAUUGAAAUCGCCAUCCAGAUUGUAGGCGAGGCUGAAGCUUACCAUCCAAGGAUAUGUUGGCACUCGCAUAAGCAAGAGAUUCUCUUUGUUGGAAUUGGGAACUGUGUCUUAAGAAUAGACACAACUAAAGUGGGUAGAGGAAAAGACUUUACUGUGGAAGAACCUGUUAAAUGUCAUCUUGAAAAGCUUAUUGAUGGUGUUCGCUUAGUUGGUAAGCAUGAUGGUGAUGCGACUGAUUUGUCCAUAUCUCAAUGGAUGAGCACCCGCCUAGCCUCUGGAUCCAAGGAUGGCACGGUUAAGAUCUGGGAUGAUCGCAAACAAGUGCCAUUAUCAAUUUUUAAGCCCCAUGAUGGUCAACCUGUUUAUUCAGUUGCUUUUCUUACAGCACCUGAACGACCAAAUCAUAUAAAUCUAAUUACAGCGGGUCCUCUGAAUCGAGAAGUUAAAAUUUGGGCUUCUACUAAUGAAGAUGGCUGGUUGUUGCCAAGUGAUUCUGAGACUUGGAAGUGUACUCAGACCUUGGAACUCGUUAGUUCUCUGGAACCUAGAGUCGAAGAGGCAUUUUUCAACCAGGUUGCAGUGCUGCCUCAAGCAAGCCUGAUUUUGCUUGCAAAUGCUAAAAAGAACGCUAUUUAUGCCGUGCAUGUUGAGUAUGGCCCAGAUCCUGCCUCUACUCGCUUAGACUAUAUAGCAGAUUUCACAGUUGCAAUGCCUAUAUUAAGCCUCACCGGAACACACGAAAGCCAACCAGAUGGUGAACAAGUUGUUCAAGUCUAUUGUGUUCAAACUAUGGCCAUUCAGCAAUAUGGUCUAGAGUUAUCACUCUGUUCGCCUCCUACAGCUGAUAGUACUGGGUUUGGAAGAGAUCCUGCUAUUUCCCGUGUUUACGAGGCGCCUCUGGAAAUGGCAGGAACAGAGUCAUCUACAGGAACUAGUUUCACAGACUCUUACUCUGUCAGUGCUUUGAGUAAACCACCAACUGUUGAACAGUCUGCAGAUCUUGAUCUGAAACCAUCAGCUCCACCGCUUGCAUACUCAGAAGGUGAUGGUUCCAUGCCUCUUCCAUCUGCACCUCUUGCACCAAAGAUGGAGAUUCCUGGAUCAGGACCAGCACCUGGAACUCGUGAUAUAGAUCAAUCAGCUUUUGACUAUACAACAAACAGAAACAUGGAGCGUGAUGCUUUGAAAAGGCAAGAUACACCCAUGCCCAUUAGGAAGGAUAUCUUAGGAAAAGAUGAGCCAAGAGAUGGUCACAGUGAUGUUCCAAUGCUUCCAAAUCCCCGUUUGAUGUUUCAGGUUGGAGGGAAUGCUACACACUUGGUUACUCCAUCUGAAAUUAUAUCGGGCACUCUCUCGUCUGCUGAAAACAAUGAUGUUUCCAAAUCUGAUGGAGGAAAAAGUCAAGAUAUUUCCAGCAGAAGCUCUCGGGUUGCAGAAGUGGAACCAAAGCAUAUUGAUGAGAGUAAACCAGAUCAAAAUUUAGGACUUGAAGCUGUCAAGGAAACUCAGAUUGUUUGUGAGAAUAUGGAGAAAACUCAUUCUUUGGAGCAAACUGUUGAAAUGAUCAGUGAGCGCUCAGUUACAACUGAUAAGUACAGUGUGGAAGAAUCACAGUCAUCAUCUGAUCGACGGGCAUCAGACCAGACUGGUGUUGCUGAUGAAAAUGUUCUGAAGAAGUUUGUGGAAAUCCCUGAGAAAAUUGAUUACUCCUCUGCUUCCAGGGAGCAAUCAUCUUCGUUUACGAAAGAGGAGAAAGUUUUGCACCCUCAAACAUCUGGUCAGCCAUCUCCUCCUGUGAGUGCUUUCAAUUCAACUGAGUCACAUGAGCCUUUGAGCUCCACAUACCUACCUGCCAGCUCCUUCCCAGAAGCUGCUGCCACACAAGGGAUGCUGCAACAGCUCAUGGGGAUGCAGAAGGACAUGGAAAAGCAGCUUAGUACUGUGGUUCCUGCAUCCAUCGCAAAGGAGGGCAAAAGACUUGAGACAUCAUUAGGGCGAGCUGUAGAGAAAUCAAUCAAGGCUAAUAUUGAUGCGUUUUGGGUUCGUCUCCAGGAGGAAAACACUAAGCGUGAAAAGGCUGACAGAGAGCGAAUGCAGCAAUUGGUUACUCUCAUUACGAACUCAAUAAAUAAGGACUUGCCUUCUAAUCUGGAGAAAUCACUUAAGAAAGAAAUUUCUUCACUUGGACCUAUUGUUGCCCGCGCAAUUACACCUAUUAUUGAGAAGUGCCUGACCUCUGCUGUUUAUGAUUCAGUUCAGAAAGGGGUGGGUGACAAGGUGUGCAAUCAGCUGGAAAAGUCUAUUACUGGAAAACUUGAAGCUACACUUGCCAGGCAAAUCCAAAUGCAGUUCCAUACAUCUGGAAAACAGGCUCUUCAGGAUGCUUUGCGUACUAGCUUUGAAUCAUUGCUUGUUCCAGCGUUUGAGCAAACAUGCAAGACAAUGUUUGAGCAAAUAGAUGGUGCAUUUCAAAAGGGAAUGUCUGAGCACUCCAUUGCUAUUCAGCAGCAAGUUGAGGCUGCACAUACUCCGUUAGCGCUAACUCUAAAAGAAACCAUCAAUUCUGCAUCAUCAAUCACCCAGAGUUUUUCAUCAGAGUUACUUGAUGGCAAUCGCAAGCUAUUGGCACUUGUUACUUCUGGGAAUGCCAAGGCACAUAAUACCAGUGCUUUGCAGCCCAUUAAUGGUCCUAUGGGUGGCCCCCAAGAGGUUGAGGCUCCCUUAGAUCCGAUGAAAGAGCUUAGCAGACUGAUAUCUGAACGCAAGUUUGACGAAGCGUUUACAAUGGCUCUUCAAAGGAGUGACGUUUCCAUAGUAUCGUGGCUGUGCUCCCAGGUUGAUUUGCGGGCAUUAUGUGCAAUGGCCCCAGUACCUCUUAACCAGGGGGUCCUUCUUGCCUUAUUGCAGCAGCUAGCAAUUGACAUUCACAAUGAGACAUCACGAAAGGUUCAAUGGAUGACAGAUGUUGCCAUGGCAAUCAACCCAGCAGACCAGAUGAUCACGGUGCAUGUGCGACCUAUCUUUGAGCAAGUCUACAACCAGUUGGCCCACCAGCGGACACUCCCCACCACGACCGCAUCAGAUGGCACCAGCAUCCGUGUGAUCAUGCAUGUAAUCAACUCGGUUCUGCUUAGCUACAAGUGA